CAGAUGCUGAGUCUAGAAGGCGAGGUUUCGAUUCCCACAAAGCCCAAGGGCUCAUAGCAUCUCACUCGAACUCUUUUCUCGCCCCCAAACUGCGCCUCUCGCUAACCCAAUUUCAAUCGCGAGUAAAACCGGUGGCAUUGAGGGGCUGCAUCUGUUCUCGAAUCAUUAAUUUGAUGAUUGUACUAUCAUUUUGUGCUCAGAAGAAGUCCAAGGUAACUUCCACAGGAACAAAAGUUGCGCUGAAGAAGAUGCAGAACAGUGAAUCAGCUGGCCUGGAGCAGAAGUUAAGAGCCAGAAAAUUAGAAGUCUCAGACAACGGAAAAGGUUUCCUAGAGUUACUACAACAACUUAGUGUCUGUGAUUCUGUUUCUGACAAGGAAUUUCAGGAUCGAUUUCACGAGCUCAGUUCUCUUGGAGAUGAUCAUGUUAUUUGUGUCAUAGAAGAUGAACUUUGUGGGAAGAUUAUUGCUACAGGGAGUGUGUUCAUCGAAAAGAAAUUUCUAAGAAAUUGUGGCAAAGUUGGACACAUUGAAGAUGUAGUUGUUGAUUCCAGUGCCCGGGGAAACCAAUUGGGAAGGAAAGUAAUCCAGUUCCUUACAGAUCAUGCUCGUUCAAUGGGGUGCUAUAAGGUGAUACUUGAUUGCAGCCUUGAGAACAAAGUGUUCUAUGAGAAGUGUGGCUUCAAGCAGAAUUCUGUUCAGAUGGCCAUGUAUUUCGUUUGAGGGACGGUGUUUUACCAAUUGCCCUCGUUAUUUUGUUGUAGUCGAAUGUUCUUAUAAAAGGGUAUUGACAUAAAUCGUUGUUCGUUUUCGAGUUUUUAUUGUCUGACCAGAGAUGUUGUCUUAGGCUUUGUGUUAUGAGCACGGAAUACGGGUUCAGGAAA